AUGUUAUCAACUCGAAUUUUUCAGAAUCAGCAGCACACUUUCAUCCAAACUCCAGAAACUUCUCAAGUUCAUUUGGAAUCUCUCACCGGAGUGGCUGUUCGCCAAACAUCUAAAAUUGUGUCUCCAUUUGAUUUUUCCGAUAGUGAAAAUCUGCCAAACGCGCAACGCCGUUUGAUCACUGAUACAGUGCCGUGUUGCUUGAACUUUGAUAACGAUCAAGAUGACGAUGAGGAACAGGCGACUUGCUCGUCUACAAAAUCUUCACCUAUUGAGCCUCAAAUUAUAUUUAAGAAAGAUAAAUGUUUUUAUUACUAA